AUGACAGCCUACCUCAAACAUACCCGCCACCUGCUUACAACUUUCAAUGCUUAUCUCAUAGGCCAGGUGCCACGCUCUGAGAACAGCUAUGCUGAUGCAUUAGCAAGGCUAGCCUCGGCGAUUGAGCAGGGCAUAGGUCGAAACAUCCACAUCGAGUUCUUGGACCAGCCCAGUACACGGGCACCACUCAUUUGUGUCAUCGAUCAAAGCCCUACAUGGAUGGACCCUAUCACUCAGUUCUUGCAAAACCAGACACUACCUGCUGAUCCUGCUGAAGCGCGGCGUGUUCGCUAUCGUUCCGCCCGAUACUUGAUCAUCAAUGGUGCCCUAUACAAGCGCGGCUUCAGCCUCCCCUACCUUCGGUGCCUGACCCCAGAGGAAGGUACCUAUGUCCUGAGAGAGAUUCAUGAGGGUAUCUGUGGCAACCACUCAGGCGCUCGCUCCCUAGCACACAAGAUCAUUCGGCAGGGAUACUUUUGGCCAUCACUUCACACUGAUGCCCAGACCUUCACCCAGAAGUGCGAUAAGUGUCAGCGAUUUGCCAACAUCCCACAACUUCCAGCUGAGCCAUUGACAGCCAUGGUCAGUCCUUGGCCAUUCGCCCAAUGGGGACUUGACCUCAUUGGACCUAUGCCUGAGGGCAAGGGCCAAGUCAAGUAUGCAGUUGUAGCUGUGGACUACUUCACCAAGUGGGCUGAAGUUGAGGCCUUAGCCACCAUCACUGCAGCCUGCAUCGAAACUUUUGUUUGGCAAAACAUCGUCUGUCGCUUUGACAUCCCCAACACCAUCGUCACGGACAAUGGCCGACAAUUUGACAACGCAAAGUUUAAGCAAUUUUGUUCCAACCUCAAGAUAAAGCUUUGCUUCGCCUCCCCAGCCCAUCCUCAAUCUAAUGGCCAGGUGGAAGCUGUGAACAAGAUCAUCAAGAAAACUCUAAAAACUAAGCUUGACAAAGCUAAGGGUUGCUGGCCGGAGCUACUCCCAGAGGUUCUUUGGUCUUAUCGCACCACCUUCCGGACCUCAACAGGAGAAACACCUUUCUCUCUCUCCUUUGGUACCGAAGCAGUGGCACCAGUGGAGAUUGGCCAGCCCACAUACCGCACCUCCACUUAUGAGGCCGAGGCCAAUGACGAGCAGCUAGCCUUGAACCUCGACUUCAUUAACGAGCUUCGUGACCAAUCCAACAUGCGCAAUGUCGCGUACAAACAGCGCAUCGCUAGUACUACGAUUCCCGAGUCAAAGCCCGUGCUUUCAAACUUGGGGACUGGGUCAUGCGUAAGAUUUCCUUGGCCACCAAGAAUCCCACUGAAGGUACCUUGGACCCAACAUGGGAAGGUCCUUAUGAGGUUACCAAAGUCUGCCGCCCCGGCACUUAUCAGCUUCGUGAUACCAAGGGCAAGACCUUGCCUCAUCCUUGGAAUGCUGCUCACCUCAAGUACUACUAUAAGUAAACAUACCUAG